AUGCCCGCCAAAUCUCAAGGCCAGACCCUCCUCGAGAAGGCGGAUAAGAAGGCCAACUCUUCCACCGGGUGGUUCUCCUCCGCUUCGACCAAGUACGAGGAGGCCGGAGAUCUAUACCAACAGGCGGCGAAUGCGUUCAAGAUCGACAAGCAGUUCAAGGAGGCCGGUGAUGCUCAUGCGCGGGAAGCCGAGUGUAGGGAGAAGAGUAACGAGGGCAACGAGGCUGCUAACGCCUGGUGGAACGCUGCUAAGGCGUACAAACGUGUCGACCCUGGUCUUGCAACUCAGGCCCUUUCUCAAACUAUCACAUUCCUCUGCAAGGCUGGCCGCUUCAGGCAAGCCGCCGACCGAGAGAAGGAGAUCGGCCAGAUUUAUCUCCAGGAGCUGAACGAUCUCCGAAAGGCUUGCGAGAGCUUUGAGCGCGCCGCCGAAUGGUACUCGCAAGAAGAUGCUACUGCAACGGCGAAUGCCUGCUACAAGGACGCCGCUGAUUUGCAUGCCGAAUUAGAGCAGUACCCACAAGCGAUUGCCCUCUAUGAACAGGUCGCGAACGGUUCCUUGUCCUCGGCCCUUACGAAGUACAGCGUGAAGGAGUACUGGCUGCGUUCUAGCCUCUGCGCUCUCGCCAUGGAGGACGUCGUUACUGCCAAGCGUAACUUGACGAAGUACGGGUCUCUGGACACUACUUUCCCUUCGACGAGGGAAGCGAAGUUCGCCAAUGUUCUUGCGGACGCCGUCGAAGGCGGAGACGUAGAUUCCUUCACCGGCGCGGUGUUCGAGUUCGACCAAGUCACGAAGUUGGAUAACUGGAAGACCAGCAUACUGUUGAAGGUCAAGCGUACGCUGGAGGUGGCCGAUGGCGGUGUGCUGUAA